AUGAGUCGGUAUCAAGAGAAGGUGCUCAAUGAAGCACACCUUCGGGACAAAGCAGCCAGGGAUAAGUUGCUCUCGACUCCUUUGCUGAUGCCGACUUCGCCACUGAUUACACCUCCUUCUGUUUCGAAGGAGUCGCGCGACGACUUUGUUCAAAGGUUCAACCUGAAGGCCCAGGACGCAGACCACACGAGGAGAUUUGAGCGCUUUUUGAACCUCUACAACAUCACCAAAGAGCAUUAUAGAAAGUAUGAGAGAUCAGCAACGGAUAUUUCAAGUCACAGCCGGAAAUACAAUAUGUUUCCGGACAGCGAUGACGAAUACGAAGAGAGUGCUGAUGAAGACCGUGAAAUAUGGGAUGAACCUGAGGACGAAUACGCAGUCAAUGACAGUGGUCCAUCAUUCAAAGUUCACGGAGAGUACAUGUGCACCGAUUUGGACAACUUUUACGAUAGCGACAGUGCCAAAUUGGAGGAUGAGAUUGCGGUUUUGCAGAAUGACGAUUCUGAUUUUUACUAUAGGAGGAUGGCAAAAGUGAGCAUUUCUGGUGAGCAGGAAGAAGAUGAUAUUGUCAAGCGUCAGAGUUCAGACCUUGUUGGCAUACCGUCUUGCCAAUACCUUCCAGUUGACUCUUCAGAGUCAUUUUUUGAGUGGGAAAGCCAUUCUCCCACAGACCGCAAGGAGAUUUUCGAAAAUCUUGGAAUUUACAACCCGAUAAACGAAAAGUACUUAGAACAGAAUGAAACAGGUGCAUUUGCGUUCUCCGCGAUGCAUUCCAUGAAGUUUCGAGAUAGUCUGAAGAUGUCGUUUCAUUCCCAGUUCCGAUCAGAGGUGUUCGGUGAGAAUUACAGAAGUAACGUCAUUGCUUACUCACCUGAUAAUCGAGCUUUGUAUGUUGGAGAUCGAAAUUGUAUCAAGGUUUGGCAGUUUGGAACUUUGAAUCGAAAGGAGUCGUUCAAAACAAUUCGGUUUGAAUAUGGUGGAAUGCUUCCAGAAGCCUCAAUGACCGCUCCUUAUGAUGCUCGUACCAUUAACUUUCUCAAAAUUUCCCAACUAAACGGCAAAGAGGUGCUCAUAGCCGCAAUUGACGAAGGAAGGGUAAUGAUAUGGAAUACUGGUGAUCUUGAUUACACAUCUGACCAGAACAGAGCCUACGAGCUCCAGCUCAGUUCCUCGGUCUGGGGAUUGGACGUUUAUCCUGAAUACGACUUACUGGUUGUUUCUGAUAACUCCCAAACAGUGACCUUGGUAUACGUUGAUGUGGCGAAUAAGCGGCUGCAUGCUGUCAGCUCAGCACCACUUCUUUAUAAUGUCCCCUCAGUGUGUUUUGUGAAAAACUCACCCAAGAAGAAGACCGAAGGAGGCUGGAACGUUCUUGAAGUGGAAGUUGCGGUAGCUUCCAUCAGUAGUGAGGUUGUGGUGUUAAAGUUCAGAAUAAGGCAAAAGGUCGAGCCCGAGAACUCAUUCCUGAAUGACUGUCGCAAUGGAAACUUGGAAACACUCACAUGGGUCCAUCGUGCAUUACAAAACCACCCUGAGCACAUAUCCAAUAAUGUCAUUCUUGACCCGCCCCAUGCCGUUGCAAGGUCUUUGCUUUCCGAGGACGCUUGGACCAUUUCGCACGUCAAUUUAUCCGCCUUCAAAAAGGUCAUAUCAUUGCCUGCGAUGACAGGAAAUCAAUUUCUUCAUCAAGCGUCGCACCUCAAAAAAAUCUCUCUGGCGAGCAAGUUCCUGGAUGUGGAAUCGGACCCGUGUAUUUCAGGCCAUUUGGGAAUUGGAGCCACUUUGGCACAUUUUGACAUUCCCUGUGCGCAUACAGUUCCGGAUGGAGGAGUGAAAAUCCGCUCAAACCUGGCAAGCUCACCGAAUGCAGAGGAAGGUAUCAUGAACAUAUCGGAUGCGUAUAGGAGAAGACGGAAGUUGUUCGACACCUACUACGUGAGAAUUCAAAGGGCCAGAGAGAAGUCUCACCUAUCCAGCAACGGAAAGCUCUACUGGGGAAUUGAUCCAGAUACAAGUUUGGAUGAUGGCGGGUUCCUUCUAGUGACAACCACAACACGAGUAGCGUUGCUACGAAAGAAUAGACUCGUUUGCAAUGCUUCUAGCGGAGAGAUUUUUCCUUACAUGCCUGACAAUCCGGGCCAUUCUAACCGGAUCUCUAUGAGUCUUGUGAUCCCCGAGCUCUCAGCAUUUGUGGUGGGCACAGAGAAGGGUCAGUUGGCGAUACUGAGACUGACGCAAUAUAGAGGCUGCUAUGGUUUCAGACAUGAGUAUGUGUUUCCGGGACCUCGGAUGGCGGUGCCAAUCUCGAGCCGGAUGCAUGUUACGUUAUUGGGAUUUUCUGCUGUGCAACUGGAUGAAAGUGAGCUUAGGUAUCUGCUGACUGUGAUUUACACAGACGGGAGAGUUUUAGAGUACGAGAUCAUGAAUGACGAACUGGCACGACUACGGGUCCACAUCACAUGA